AAAACCAGACCCGCGGUGACCGGGCGCCGAGUACGGCCGCGCGCGCGCGCAAACACACGCACAUUCGAACCACAACCGCCGCGCAAGGCGACACGAUCACACGCGCGUACGUCACGUCCCGUCCCGUCUCGUCCCGCCGCCGUCGUCUGUAACUUCGCACUCUGCGCCGCGAAAGCGUCACCGUCACCUCCGUCCACGCCCGCGGCCGGUCGCCAUGCCGUGAACAUGCGGCGGACGCGAUGCGCAUCAGCAGCCGGUCGUUGAACGGCGGCCGCGUGCUGCUGCGGCUGGCGUUCGCGGUGCUCGCUGUGCACCUGCGAGCUUGCGCGGCCGGGUUGCAGCAGAACGCCGCGGCGGUCGCCAUUAGCUACCGGAUUCCCAAACUGUAAAACCCGUCAACAAUGGUUAGUAUACCAUUACCGUGGCUCUGGCGACCGUCUGGUGUUAUAUCCGAGUGGAAAACUCAGACACUACGUCCUCAAACACCAGCACGGCAGCAGCGAAGAACAACAGCAACAGCAUCAAGACUUCAUCGUAGAACACGAACGGUCCUUCGAUUACGAGCAAGGAUUUUACUGCUUGGACAAAGUCAUUGACAUUGAUCGUCCGGACAUAAACGCACAAGUGGCCGUCAUCUGUACGCCACAGAUACCGUCACCUUGGACGGAUUCUGAUUUCGUUAUGCGAAGGAUCGUGAACCCUAUUUUCCACGCCAUUGCGAUAGCUUGCUUGCUGCUCGUUGCCAUCGUUCAUUUCGUGUUGCCACAACUCAGAGACUUGAUCGGAAAUAUGGUCACUACUCUAGCUGGAUGUAUGAUCGUAGCCCGGAUCGCCAACAUCGUUCGUAUAUUCGUCGAGUACAACGGUCCUGUCAGCUAUUUGACAGCUGACGCGUUUCUUUACACGUCCACGCUCGGUUCGUUCUUUUGGCUGAACGCAAUGGGAUAUUACAUUUGGCGUACAUUCAAAUCACGGAACGUGUUCCUGCGCAUUACCGAUGGACGCAAAUACUGUUAUUAUUCGCUAUACGUGUGGGGUUGCACGUUAACCAUGGGUGGCAUGGCGCUUUUCGCACAUCUAAUAUUGGACUCACGUCACAACAACGUUAAUAGAAACUAUUCGUCGCAUCCGUCUACGACCACAUCAAUAGAAGGAGCUAUAGGGUGGCUCGGAAUUGCAGUCAUAUUCGUUCCAGUCAUAUGCACUAUUCUAGUCAAUUUGUUUUUUUACGUUUCCACCAAAACAGUGAUCAAACGGAUGUCGACAUAUGGUCAAAUCCAUCACAAAAUGAAAUAUAGUUUCGACAUGUUUUCCAAACUUUUCGUGAUCAUGGUGGUCGACUUGACGCUGUUCAUCUUGUCGUGGACCCAACACGACUCGCUGUUCUACAUACACGUCGUCUUCAAUCCAGUCCAAGCGGCGUUAGUACUCUACGUGACCGUUAUCCGACCGAAACGCGUUAAGUUUCUGCUGCGAAAGGCCUGCUGCUAUGAGCGGUGUAUUUUGCCGUGUUGCCGACCAAAGGAAACAGACGUACAAGCCGGCACCGAAUGGGGAGAGGAAAUGAUGGCAUUCAACACUGCCGAUUAUUAGCGAUUUUGUCCACUCCAGUUUCGUGUUACGAUACGCGUAUUACGUAUAUGUUUUAUAAAAUGUUACGUACUCUAUGUAGACCAGGUCAUUACAAUAUUAUUAUAGGUACUAAUAAAAACGAUCAGACGAAAACGAAUGUCGUCGUAUUUAUAUUUUAUGUUCUUUUUCGAUAAAUAUUACGAACUUUAAUAUUAAUUAGAUUUUAGAUUUUUAUAAUU